GGGACACAGAAGGUCAUAAGGAGAUUUUGAAGAUGAGUUGAAGAUGGUUCCUCUCUACUUUCCCCUUUUUUGGGCACCCACCUCAUUCCCAAGAUGAGAUUAUAUCAUGUGUAACUGAUCAGUUACAGACUGAUUUUCACUCAGUCCUCUAUGAGGCUGUCUGGUAGACAUAAUGGCUCAGCCAAGUAAAGUCCUCCACCUGUAUGUGGAGGUGAGAUCUCUCGCUGAGCAAGGGAAAAUGCUGGAAAAUGCAGAAGGUACAAGCUCCCUCAUGUUACCAAGGCCAGACAUCCUUUCACAGUCCCACAGUGCAGCCUUUAAUGCCCCACAAGGCAUUGUUUACCUGCCCGGGGACCUCCAUAAAGAAACCAGCAAAACACACACCUUUGCCUCCAGUAAAUCUCCAUCCAGACACUCAGUUAGUGUUCAGCUAAAUCCAGGGGAGGCAAUGGUACAACCAGCUGCUCAACACAGACAGAGCUUGCCUUACAAUGAGAUAAGUCAGUUACUUUCUGCCCUAAAGUCAGGGUCAGAUGAAGACACACAUACCCUGGUGCAAACUCAGUUAUCUAAAUGUGAGCCAUUCCAAGGAAGAGACUCUAGGUUUUCUGGACAUUUUACUGCCCCACCCACACCUAGUGGUUCUCGAAGAACUUAUGGAUGCAAGGAGGAAGGGAAACGAUCAUCUGUCACCUAUCAUUACAUUGAGAAAGCGAAUAUCAAAUUUGUGCAAGGUCAGCACAGUGGUUUGUGCCAAAGUGAGCCAGGGAACCCCUUCAGAAGAGCUGUGAAUGAUAAAGGAUUUCCCCCCAACAUGUUCAGUGACCCGGUGUGCUUCAACAGCUGGGGGUCCAGUGAUGCCAUCAGCAAAAAGCACACCAUACCAGGCUCAUUAAGAGCACCAAGAGAUACCCCCAACCCCCACCAGGCCACAAUAGAGUCGAUUGCAAGAGAGGCCACUAGUCAUGCUUUGGAGGAGUUUGGCUCACCACAGCUAAAGCACCAAAGGGCAGCCAACAUUCCUGAUAGAGGCCAUGAUCCUCUACACAGAGAUCAGCCUCGUUGUAACUCAUGGUCUGGGUCUCCUGUGCUACCACACAGUGCUAGAUCUUUGCCCAUCAAUGCACAGCUAAAAUAUCAAAAUCAACACAACACUUCAUAUGGUAUACCCAGGAGCCAAGCAACUGACCAGCUUUCUACUCAUGGAAAACAGCCCAACUGUACCAUGUCAUCACCUACAAAUGCCCAGUCUGAACAGAUCCCAAUUCAGCAAGUGACUCCAAGUCAAGAAAUGUGGAAGGAAGAAGAGAGUCCAAGACAGUCGUAUAGGCCUGGCCCAUUUUUACCAACUAUAAUGUCUACAACUAUCCAACAUGAAAUUCCAGCUAUGACUCAGUCUCUAGGUGAACAGAGAGUUGAUCAGAGAACAAGCAAAAGCCCAUGCCAAACUCAUAAGGUCAGUUUCCACCUUGCUAGCACUUCACAUCCAUUGGAUGGUGGCGCUGGUAAGCAGAGUGGUGGGAAGAGCACCUCUUCUGCCACGAGCCCUGAAAUGGCAUAUAAACUAGCAGAAGAAGCUACAAAGCUUUCCAGACUUAUGGAGGCCAGAAGGUCUACUAGACUACCUGCUAGAUUGCACCAUGUGUCCACCUCUCCCAUUCAGGACCUACAAGAGCGAGCUGCGCUGCCAGGGGAGGAGAGUCCUGUUUUAUACCAGCACUGGCCUCAAAACGACCGUUCACCACAGCUGGAGCACAGAUAUUGUGAUGCACAGUGUAGCACUGUCCUCAGAGACAGUCCAGACAGCAGCAGGAGAGCACUCAAAGGACUUCUCACCGAUACACCUCUGAGCUCAUCCUCCCUGCAGCAGUGCUGGCAUGAAGAGCAUUCCUUCCAAGUUGGAGACUUCAAUAAGGAGCACUUAUGUAGCACUGGACCUCCAUCAGGAAUGUCCUCUUGGGAGUUAAGCAAAUGGAGAAGUAGUGUAGCUGUCCUGGACUCUCAGGAGAACCAUUGCAGGAUGUCAGAGCAAAGAGAUAUGAGAGGUGAGGGCCUGGCUGAUGCAGAGAAGACCAUUGCUUUGUCCAAGAGCUCUAGCAGAGUUACAGGCAGCCUACGGGAGGUCACUCAAGCCAAGAUAGACUGCAAUUCACCUGAGACAUCCAGCCAGACCAGUCAGAGGAGCAGUGACACAGGGAACACAGGAAUACAGUUGGACAGUGGAUCACUGUUGCUAUGUCCUUCCUUGCACUCCCAAAAAAUUGCUCGUGCCAAAUGGGAGUUCCUGUUUGGAAAGCCUUCAGAAGAUCAAGCCAUAAAAGGUGAGAACAUGCAUGAUGACCACCCAGACCACUCACAUAUAUGGUCUGCAAGAAGAGAAAUAUCCCACAAACAACUCUGUUGCUCAUUCACUUGUUUAUCACUUCAUCUGCCUCUUCUUGAAAACAAGCUUUAAGCUUCAUAAUGAACAUCUA